AUGAGUUCCUUCAAAAAAACCCACAAAAAGAACAUUUUUGACUACAUGCUGAGCGAUGAGCGCAAUCAAGCUGAAGCAACAGCUGGACUCAAUGAUACUGUUGUUUACAAAGCGUCGGCUGAGUCGCCCUUGAAUGGUUCUAUCAAGUGGGACUGGCCCUUGUUCCCUCCUGCCGUCCACCAUGCUGUGCGCCCUGCCGCCUUACGCCGGGACUGGUUUCCUGCCCGCCGGAACACCGAUCACUUCGAGCUCAGAUCCCCCGUGGCUCCCUUUGAAGAUACUUCCUUUACCAAUCCAAAUGUCCUUCCAAGCCAUUUCUGUGAGGAUCUUCCGUAUCCUUGCGAUCCGGUCGUGACACAGGAAUUUUACAACACUACCUUCGACCCCGAGCUCAUGGCCCUACUGAAUGAUACCGCCGUCGAUGUGACUGCCGCCAUUGCUGCCCUGGAUACAUACCGUGCUUCCACGACCGCUGGUCAUUCUGUCCUGGAGGAAUCCACGCAAUCUACUGCCACUGGUCCCCCCAUCAUCGAUCUGCUCACCCCGCCUAAAGAAACAGCCCGUAUCUCAACUGAAGUGCCCCGCACGAUUCAAUUCGCUCCGCCUAUACUAUCAGCUCAACAUCACAGUUGGCCUUGCACGGUCACACCGGUUGAUUCUGCCAUCUCCAUCGACCUGACUGUCAGUCCACCAAAUCCGAAUACCCAGACUUCCAACGGCACAAAGAGGGCAAUUCCCAUACCAAAAGAGAAACCGCAUGCUUCAUUUCCUAAUGAGUGGACCUAUGGCACACAAAAGAAGACUUUGGCCCAAUGCACACCUCUACCAACGACUGCGAAGCGAUAUCCCACCCCAAAUAGCCUCUCGCCUGGCGCGGCUUGCAAGAUCGCAUCCAACCCCCCAGUGUUGGAUAAUAACGCUGUAUUCAAGACUCCCCAGCGAGCUCCUCCAAACGCUCCACUUAAUACGAUAACACCAGUGACCCUCGAGACACAAAAGCCGCCCAAAGAGCAGCAAUACUCGAGACAGCAGAGCAUCUAUGGGGAUCGACAACAGCAACUGAAGAUAAUGAACGAGACAUUCCAAAACAACCUCCAGGAACAGAUUGAUUUCGAAAAGCAACAAUCAAAUUAUCUCAAUCAGCUAUCCCAGGCGACCCAAUCGCCUCAGUUGAUCCAGUCACUCGAUUCGUUUGACAGAGAAUCUGGGCGUGCAGACUAUCUACGUCAAUUGCAACAGGCUCGCCAACAGCAAACUCCACUCAUGCAGACAUCCCAGGCGUCUAAUCAAUUGGCCAACGAUGAGAACCAUCAACUGCGUUUGCAAAUGAGCCACCAGCAACAGCCUCAACAGCAAAAGCCUCACCAGCAACAGCCUUGUCAGCCGACUCAAAAAUUUAUGUUCGCUCCACAACAGAUGGAACACGAACAGCGCCUAUCCAAUAUGCCACUGGUCAAUCCACAGCAGCAAUACCUGAUGUCAUCUCUGCCACCUCAGGCAUGUCAGGCGACUCAGGGGGCUCAGUGGCAGAUGGAAUACAAUCUACAUAUGCAACAACAAGCCCUCCAGGGCUACCCUCCCCAGAAGCACCCACGACACCUCCAGCAGUUGCCCUUGACCCAGCCAAAUAUGACGCCCGGGAUGCCUCAGUUGGCCUACCCACCCCAGCAGGUGCAAGGUACUCCAAUUCAGGCUAACCAUUGGGUCGGGCCAGCCUAUGGUGCCCCGUAUCCAAAUCAACAACUGCAAGCUGUUCCUCACGGCCAGAUCCACUAUGCUGGUCAGACCCCUUAUACCAUCGCGCUUCCCGCGCAAGAAUAUCAAUCUGCUUUUCCUCCUCCGCCAUACCAAUUUGCAGCCGGUCGUAAUCAGCCAAUCGAUCGCAUGCACUUAGUCCCAUCUGAACCUUCCAACAAGCGAAAUUUUGCACUCGUGGAUAACAUCGUGCCCGAUUGCGUCGUGACUAACCCCAAAAGCGGUAGCCGAUGGUUCAUUCCAAACUCCAAUGAAAAAGGAAGAAUCUUCUUGCCCGGACCUAAGGGCAAAAAAGCCCGCAAAGCUCUCAAACUGUGA